UCGUUCACAGACGCAUUUUGCCGCCGUGGUGGAACUUACGCUGCGUGUGUAGCUGCGAGCGAGCGCUCUAUUGAUCUUUACCCGAGUGCAUUUUGAAUUCUCUGUGCGGUCGCCAUGUCUGGACGAGGAAAGGGCGGAAAAGGACUUGGAAAAGGAGGUGCCAAGCGUCACCGCAAGGUUCUUCGUGACAACAUCCAGGGGAUCACAAAGCCAGCUAUUCGUCGUCUUGCCCGCCGUGGCGGCGUGAAGCGAAUCUCCGGUCUCAUCUACGAAGAAACCAGAGGUGUGCUGAAGGUGUUCCUGGAGAACGUCAUUCGUGAUGCGGUCACUUACACGGAGCACGCCAAGAGAAAAACGGUGACUGCCAUGGACGUUGUCUACGCGCUCAAGCGACAGGGCCGGACCCUGUACGGCUUCGGCGGCUAAAGGACUCCUUGCUGCUGAGCAAAUCAUUUCCGGUCUGGACUUCAUCAUUUUUGUGUACAAAGUCUCGCAGUGUACUCUUCGUGUAAACUCCCCAGUUUUUAACCACGUUCGGGCCAUCCGUGGCGUCGUGCCGGAUUUUUUUUCAAGAUGGCGGACUUCAAACUGAAAGGUGUAAAAUGAUAGCAGUUAAGCCUAUCAGUGCUAUCACAGGUGUUUUUUGUGUUCAUGAGUAAAUAAAGAUUGCCAUCGUCACCUUGGAA